GGCCGACCGAUUCCUAGUCUGUUCUAUUCCUUGGACAACAGCAGCGACUAUGGAAUUGAUGACGUACUGGUAACUGAGAGGACUUAUCACGUCAGUGGGUUAUUUGAAACAAGUGCCCUCACCAAUCAAACUGUCGUCUGUCGAGCUGUGAACAAGCACGAAGUUGUGAGCGUGAACAGGACUCUGAUCAUACGCAAGCCAGGAGAUGUGCCAGCUAAUGUCACAUGGAUGUUUGAUGAGAACGACAGCCUCUUCAUAAACUGGGAUCCAGUACAUUACCCUAACGGGAAUGUGGGGUACACAAUCUACUUCAAAAACGUCGAUGAUGAUGAAAAUAAGCCGUGGGAAUACGUGCAGGUGAAUGGCAACAGAACUCGAUUCAGUAUCGAUGAAUCCAUUGGACUACUACCGGACUACCACUAUAAGCUGAAAAUCUCGGCGACCAACGAACGACAUGAAGGGCCAACAUCGGAG